AUGGCAACAUUCAUUACUGGUGGAACCGGGAAAACUGGGCUCGCCCUUGCCAAACUACUCCACCAAGCGGGGCAACCAGUCCUUGUUGCUUCUCGCUCGGGGAAAGCACCAGAACCAUUCCAAGCUGUUGAGUUUGAUUGGUUCAAUCCCGCAACUUUCAAAAACGCUUUCCAGACCGGUACCACCAUCGAUAAACUCUUUAUUGUCGCACCGUCGGCCUACGAUGCCAUUCGCCAUGUAGAACCAUUCCUAGAACUCGCUGUGUCUCAGGGGGUUAAACGAUUUGUAGCUAUCACAAGCACACAAUCUGAACCUGGGGAUAUUCCAUUGGGCACAAUACAUCAAUGUCUGUUGAACUUGAAAGUCGACUAUACGAUUCUCAGACCGACUUGGUUUAUCGAAAAUUUCUCUACCACGUUCUAUAUGAGCAUCAGAGAGAAGAAUGAAAUAUUUUCUUGUGCAGAAGAUGGGCGCGUACCUUUUGUAUCAGCAGAAGAUAUAGCCCAAGCCGCUUUUGAUGCCUUUACUGCUGAAAGGUCCCCUAACAAAGAUUACUUCUUGGUUGGGCCAGAGCUAUACUCAUAUGACGAGGCAGCCAAGCUCCUUUCUUCUGUCCUAGGGAGAGAGAUCGUUCACAAACGACACACAGUCGAGCAACAAACCCAAAUCUUCGGAUAUUUUUUGGCGCCUGAGUAUGCCAGACACCUGGCACAUGUCGAACACUUGAUCGCAUCGGGAGCAGAGGAAAAAAUAUUAGAUGAGAGUGAGGAUCGCAAGUACGUGGGCAAACACACGUUGAAGGAGUAUUUCGAAGCAAACAGAAAUAUAUGGAUCAAAUAG